AACUGCUGUCUCCUGUGCAGUCUUAGUCGGAGUUCAAACCUUCAAAGACAACCAUUUUACUCUUCUAUUUUAAGAAUAAUCUGUUGUCAUGCGCUGGGAAUUGCAAGGGGGUUUGUCUUAAUAGCAGCUGUGACCAUAUACUAUGAAAAGGUGCAUCACCAACCACAGAAAAUAGACAUGCAGUUGUCACAUGUACCGUCAAAUCAUAAACUAGAUAGAUAGUUUAUUUGUCCUGCUCUGGAUUGACUCUUGUCACUGAUUCCGCUCUGCUGGAGCAGCUGACGUGAAGGAACAUGGAGGGAGAAGAGACACAAGAGGUUGAGGACAAUUCUUCCUCUGCUACCCAACUGUCUCAAAGUAGCGGGGUCCCAUCCCUGCCCUCAUGUAACAAACUUGCUGAAAUAAGCAUUACCACAGACAUCUCUGACUCCGAGACAGAUGGUGAUGACAAGUCCUUGUACAACAGCAUGAAGCCUUUAUUGUUCAAGAAGUCAGGUUUUCCCAUUUUGGUUGAUUUAGGACAUGACACUAGGGAGAGGUCUGAUGCAGACAUAUCUGCUUGGUGUGGUGAACAACAGGAUGCUGAGAAGUCAAGACAUAGAUCUCUUGUAAGUAUGGGAACAAAGCCCAUAAAGUUAAAGCCAAAUGUAAAUGAAGAUAGAGAUGGCAGUAAUGCUCCUCCAUCAAAGGUUUCAAAUACCACAGAAACCCUUUCAGAUGGGCUUUCCUUGGAUGAUGUUAAGGUCACCCUGCAAGAAAAUGGCAAUUUUCUGAGUGACAGGGGAUUCCUUAAUGAACUUCUGAAGUCCAUAGAUGAGAAGAUUGCUGAAGACAUUCCCAUGGAGAGUCAGAAUCUCCAUCAGGCAGUUCCUCCAACAAGAGAUCCUGGACCAGGCUUAAAUUGGAAUGCCCACUUGAACCUGCAGGCGCCAAAAGUGGGGAAGGAAGGCCCUUACUUGGUGCCAGGAUACGGGUCUCAGGAGAGGCCUGAUCCCAGCCAGAAGAGUUGUUCUAGUCACAGACUGACAGGAAGUGGAGAAGGGCAUCAGAGCCUCGACAAUAAAUCAAAAUUCAAAUCCACAGGCGAUGAGUAUGAGCAACACCUGAACCCUGCAACUGAGCCUCCUCCUUUAGAUGGUAUUCUCUCUCAGUUUGGCCUGAAACUAACAUCCAGAGAUUGGCAGAAGAUUCCAGAAAAGCAUGUAAAGUUUGACAAGGUGCAUUUUGAGGUUUCAUCAGAAUCUGGCAGCGAUACAGACAUGGGUAGAGGCAGAAGUGAAACUGUAGGCCGGAAAGAUAGAGAGCAGCCGCAUUUGAUGCAGUCAGCCAGAAUUCUGAAAGAACUGACUAACUUGCGAUGGACACUGAAUGGGUGGUGCAGCGUGGAAGCAAAUCCUCCAGUGGAUCAUAAAAGCACACUCUACUUCAUGCAACAACUACUGAACAUGCUUCAUACUCAGCAACUGCACAAAAAGUAUGCUGAAGAGGAGCUCAUGAAGUCACAAAGUGAACUAAAGAGAGUAGGCAAGGAACUGUAUGUGUUACGAGAGGCACAAGAGAACCGAGAGGCUCGUCUUCGUGAAGCAGACUCCCAGCUAGGACAGAUCCAGAAUGAGUGGUUGGGUGUACACAAGAAGUUGCAGGAUGAGCUUCAGAACCAUCGCAUGGAAGUCCAUCAAUUAAAACAGGAAAGAGAUUCUUUACAAGAGGAAAUUGGGCUCAUGAAAAAAGACAUGACCAGAAUGAUGGGCACCAUUAAAAGCCAUGAACAGUCAAAAUACACUCUAGAAGAAAUGCAAGGGCAGCUUUCAGCAAGUAGAAAACAAGUGAUAGAAGUUGUUCAGGAAAAUUCUCGCUUGAACCGACACCUGAGGGAGAAGGAGGAGUCACUGCAAGAACUGGAGGUGGUCAAGCUCCCCCAAGCACAGAAAGAACUGGAAACAGCAAGAAAAAAGCUUAACGACCUAGAAACUUCCCUUGAGCAAGUGGUGCGAGACAAGGCCCACUUGGAGGAUGACCUGAGACUUCUUCAGGACCAGUACAAGACACUCCUUGAGAGAGUGGUUGAGGAGGAAGACAAGAGAGAACAAGCUCUCAAGGACAAGGCAAAGCUUGAAAGACAAGUAGAGGACCUGGCGGCAAAAAUGACCGUCAUGAAGCAGGAACUCCACGACUACUACCAGGCUCGAGUGGAGGAAUUAGUUGGCCAGAAAUCUCAGUCAUUGCAGGACCAGUUAAAUACACUUGAGACAAACUUGAAAGGAAGUCUUGAAGAUCAGUUGGAUGUCCAGAGGAAGAGCCACAAUUAUGCAGUAACCAAUCUUCAGGCGAGCCAUGAAGAAGAACUGAAGAAGGUCAGAGCAUCUCACAUGUCUCAGCUGUCACAGUUGCAGCAGGAGGUAAAAGCACUGCAAGCGGAGAAUCAAGCACUGCAAUCACAGCGACAAGGAAUUAUCACAGCGGUGUCCUCCAUCCUGGGCCCCAACAAGGAAAACCAGCCUGGACUGCUGGGGAAUUUCCGCCUGCAUGAAGUCCCCUGGGAGAAUGGACACAUUUCCACCUCAACCCCCAUAGGCUGUGGAGCAGCCUCUCCACUCAGCGAACAUCUGCCAUCCACCACUACUGCAGCACAUUACCCACAGGCACAGUCACACCACAAAGUGUUCUCGCCACUAGAGUCCCAAACAGAUACCCAGUACAGCAUUCCAGGGGUCAGAAACACAUCUAAUUUUGCUCCCUUGUCAAAGCAGAGUAAUGGAUUGAGGUCUGGGCCAGCCAGCAGGCCCACCUCCGGGAGUAGUUCUCGAGGAAAGACUUCGCGGAGUGGCAGCCGGCCAGCAAGUGGGAAGAGCACAAGGAGUGGCAUCAGCAUACCAGACCUUGGGCUAGGGCUCUCCUCUUCCAGUGACUCGGAUGGAAGUGUUUUCCAAGAAGGCAAGCAGACUGUAAGACAAAUCAUUGGUGGUUCUCUCAGUGUUAUCCCUGCAGACAAGCAUCAGGAAAGCAGCGAGAAAAUAAGAGCAUGGAAGUCAGGGAGUGAUAGGAUAUUUAUGCCCUUGAGGGAUGGAUACGGUGACAAAAACAUCUUCCUCCAAAGUCAGGCUGAGAGAGAGUACAGAUCGCUUCCAGAUUUACAGUCCAAAUCAGGACACAUGAGUGCUGCUGGAGAGAGCUUGGUAGCUGACCACGUAUUAGGAGAACAUCCCUCCAGUGCGGACUUUAAUAAAGAGAAUGAGAGUGCAAAGCCUAGCAGGAAGAUGCAUUACCAAGCAGCAUCACUGAAACCUAUCAAGCAGUCCUUUGGUAAGAAAGUGUACAAGGCUUCAGAGAUCCUGCAGUCUAGUGACAUUACUGAUGACGAGAGGAUGGAUCAGCCUGCACCCAGUCUGAGCCAAGUCGAUCAGGAAAUGGCCAGGCUAUUGCAGGAACUAAAGAAGGUGAGAACAGACUCAACUGCAUCAGAGAGUGAGCCCCCAACCCACGAUACAUCUUUUGACCAGGACCCAGCAAGCAUCACCUUGCAUAAACUGAGCCAAGUAUCCACCAUCUUGUCUCAGUAUGUGGCUCAGUCCCCUGCUUCCUAGUGGGUCGCCGACAGGACACCAUCAGUAUUAAUGUUCCCAGAUUGUUGGGUAUCAGUCCUGUUCAUGAAUCCUGAUGAAUUUUUUGUCAGCUGGUGAGAUUAUGGUGAAGCCUGUGCUUGCCCUUGAUUUCCUUGUGGCCAUCCCUUUUUCCAGCCAGGGAUUGGCUGUCUCCAGUGCUAGCUUCAACUGGGAAAGUGGGCAGGGGUAUGCUGCCUUGCUUUUUCUCCACAUCUUUUUGUCCCUCUUCCUUUGAAGCCAUAAUUGCAAUAAAGUAGCUUGCAUAUGAUCAAGCACUUUAACCCCUUGGAUCCAGGUACUUUGAUGCCUGUGCAUGGUCCAAAGUCUGGGCAUUAAGCUUACUCACGGGUAUGUGGCUUAUAGGCUGGGCGCACACAAACUCUUGUGUGUGUUGUCAAGACUCCUUGCCUUCCCUUAUCUUUUUUUUUUCUGUAUUAGCUUCUUUUUUUUUUAUCUGCCUUCUUUCCUUUUUUUUUUUGCCAUUUUUUGCCAUCUAUAUUUGCCAAAUGAUAUAUUGUAUCCAGAUGGUAAUAUAUUUCCUUGCAUAGACUCAAUACCUAUCUCUCUAGGUAGUUCACAACUCAGUGCAAUAAUAGUAAUAAGUAUUUUUUUUUUUUCCCCAGUUUUCUGUAAUACAACAUGUGCCACCAGUUACAGCAGGCAGGACUAGGAUCCUAACAUGGAACUCCUUCCAGUCUUGGCUCACAGAUAAUACAUUCCACACUCAUUUACCAAUAAGAAAAAUGCAAGACCCCCUUCUUAAAUUCCCACUGAGUCUGAUCAUCCUCCUAGAGCUUUUUGCACUCAUUGCAAGUCAUUCCGGUCUCCCCAGUUUUCAGGUGAAAUUCUCAUGACUGUAUAUUCCUAUCACCUCGGCCCUGAGCUAAAUUUGUCCAUUAUGUCAUGUUCACGCCACCUGGCACUUAAACCAGAAUUUUUCAUUAAUUCCAAAAAAAAAAAAGACCUUUUCACAAGAUACAUAUAACAGUGACCCAUUCAAGAUUAUUUGCUGGCUGAGAGUGAUCAAUCGCCCUGUUUGAUAUGUUGCAAGAGGCACUGAAAGAUACAGGAAAUUGGUUUGCCACCACACUGGUAUUCCUACAUCAAAAGGAUUAAAAAGCUUCUAAGGAUAAUUGACAUCUAAUUUUAACAGAUUUAAAGGUGCUAAAUAGUGAGCAAAAGAAGAAUAUCUUUUGUCAAUCUGAGAUUUCUUAGAAAUAAGUACAAAUACAUGCUAGAAGGUGAGCAUAUGUUUGAAUUCAUGAGAACAAACAUGAUAAUAUGCUGUAAAUCUUUGCAUCGAGUUUUACUAGCCUUAUUAUGGUGACUGCUGCCUAUUUCUUUAGAUACAUUAUCACAGAUAUAUAGUGCUAUGCAUGCAGGUCAGCAAUUAGUAUGUUUUUUUCUCUUAAAGGUGCUUGAAGGAGCAUCAGGCUUGGCAUACAUAUGAAAGCUAAACUCAUAGGUGGUUCAAGGGUGUAGUUCAGUGUAUGGUAAUGUGUGUCAAGUGGGAGUUUUUUUGUGAUCAAAGUACAAACUGGACAUUAGCAAAUCUUUUAAUUAUUUAUUAUUCAACUUUCCACGAAUCUCUUGUGCUCAUGUUUCCAUGGAAGUGUAUCACCUUUGAUCAUCCAUAGUUCUCUCACUAGAAGAAUAAAUACAUUAGAUAAAAGAUGUUUAAGCUUUCCAAAAUAACUGUUUCUGGUCACAGUUAAUGUGCCAAUUUCCAAGUGCCAUUAUUAAAAUAAGAAAGAUAUGACAUAGUAAUAUUUAAAGAUUGGUAAGAACUCCUAUGAGUCACUGCUGUACCAUAGAACUGAAAUAUGAAAUAGGUUUUAUAAUAAAGACAUUUUUUAAAAGUUGUUUUAUUCUAAGAUCUACAUCUAGUAAAACACAAAAUGUGUUGUAAGUUUUAAAGAUAAUACAUGAAUUGUCAUUCAAAGAGAAUGUGUGCGUGUGUGUGUGUGUGUGUGUGUGUGUGUGUGUGUGUGUGUGUGUGUGUGUGUGUGUGUGUGUGUGUGUGUGUGUGUGUGUGUGGUGGGGGGGGGGGCUGUGAGAUGAUGGGAGAUCACAAGAGCAACUAUCAUUCUCUCUCCCCAUCCCUCCCUCUUCCUCUCUCUAUCUCUCCCUUUAUUUAUUUAUUGAAAAAUUUCUGCCAUGUCAACAUCUAAUAGCAGUCUAUUCAAAAGAUGAGGAUAGUGUUAGGCUUGGGGGGCAAAACCCCUAUUUAAGGAAGUGCUAUGUGACAUCAAAGGUCAUAUAGUGGUAUGGUAAAGUAUAGUUGCAAAAAGGGUUAGGAAUGAGUUAAUGAUUAGGGUACAGAUACAGGUUGAACAGUACUAGAGGGUAGUAUGGUAGAGAAAUGGAUAGAGAGGGGGAGCUGAUGGGGUAUAAUAUAAGGUAAAGGUUGUUAGAAGAGGAAGGAGUUAAGGGAGGAGGGAGCAUCAUGAUAAAAGUAUUGUGGCAAAAAUGAGUUAAUAAGGAUAAGUGGCCAGUACAAGGGGUUGAAGAAAAGGAAAAGGAAAAGAGAAGAAAAGACCAUGCAAAAUGAGUUGAGGCAAGGGGCUGAGGACCAAGGCAGGGGUGAUCCCCUACAUUGGGCAUCGACCAGUAUAUUAACCAACCUGGGCGAAGAUGACUCGAUACAUCUGUAAUCCAUUAUUGAGGGUCAGCUUGAAAUGUCCCUGAAAAGUAACUAGUAAAUCAUGUAUACCCCCAAGAAAGGGAGGACAAAUGAGGAUAAGCAGAGGGCUGCAGUAACUCAUUCUGUUGUGUCUGCACAUGUCUGGGCACCCAGUAAAACCUGAGUUUUUUUUUAUUUUUUCAUAUCUUGUAUUAUGUUUAUACUUGAAAUAUCUAUCAAUACUGUGGACAGACAAACUGCAGUCUUUACCACACAAAAACUAUUGAAGAAAUUUCCAUUUAGUUAGAGGAAAUGAAAUUUAAACUUUAAAAAUUUUAAACUUUUCUCUUCAAUUUAUUACACUUUCCAGAUAAGGUUUGAAAACAACAGACAAUCUUCAUAAGUUUACUUUUCACAGGGAUGUUAUUUACAUCAAAAUAAAUAUUUCUAAAUAAUGCUACUUUGGGUAGGAAAAGCCAAGAUGCACAAACAUACACACUACAUACAUUCACAUACAUGUACAACACAAUUUGUUUACACCGUGGGAACACUUAGUAAUGUGUGGUGGAUAUUGGUUUUCAAAUACAUGGGCCGUAAAAUUAAAUAAUGAACACAUCCUAAUAUUGACUUUAGGAAUGUAUCAACCAAACCAUUAACAAAACUUCAUUCAAGAACCUUCAACAAAGAACUGCACCUGGGAUAACCUAAUAUUCUAGCACUUUCUCUUUUUUGUACCUGAUAAUUGAGUAAUUCUCCUGAAAGUGAGUUUUGGAAUGGAGCUUUUUGGAUUUUCAGGCAUCGCUUCCUGAAAUACAGCUUUCAUGAUUUCACUUCAUAUCUUGCAGUGAUGUGAAUAAGAAAGGGGGAUUGGUUUUCAGUUUUCACAAAAGAAGAGUAUUGGUAAUUGCAUGUAUCCUCAAACACAAGAAAAUUAUAAUCAUACUACACAUUGGCUUAUGUACAUGUGCACAAUUGUAUGUAUACAGCUAUCCAGCCACACACACACAUACAUACAAACAAACUUACAUAAUGUUGGAAUUUUAUUUGCCAGUUUAAAUAUAUAUCUUUUAACAAAGUCUUUCAUCUACAUAAUAAACUUUACUUCUUUUUAAUCAACAUUUUCUGACAAAUAUUCUUGUCAAUAUAUGUACUGUUAAUAUUCUUUAUUUGACUCCUCAAAUAUUCUAACACAUAAAAAAAAAACAAAAAAAAAACCUGAGGGUAAUUUUUUCUAUAAAUAUACUUACAGCAUCUUAGUCCUAACGGAUGCUUACAGCUAAAGGAUAUCUUUCUAUUUUGGCAACCAUAAAUAAUAUACAUUUAUCUGCUAACAUUGAAAACUCAACAACACUCAACAUAUAACCUACAAAAACAUUCAAAAUCCACCAAAUGACAUUUACUGGCAACAGCCCUAUGAAGAGAAUCCUAAAGAAAAGAAAAAGAAAAAACUCUAUAACACACUAUAAAUAUAUUGCAUAUAUAUAUAUACUAAUAAAGAACAUUGUCCUAUGGAUUCCCUUUAAAUUCAAAAAAGUAUAUAUAUACCAAAGUAAAUUGCAUACCCAUAAAUACUUAAAUAAUCAUCUAGUAGUCCCCUCAGUAAUACCAUUUGUGGUGGAAAAGAAAAAGUUUCGAUAUUUGAAAAAGAAAAACAACAACAACAACAUGACAGUUGCUUCACAAUCACAAACACAGUGCUAGGUAGGAAAGAAAGGUCAUUCUAUAUAUGAUACAACAAAGGUUUCACACUAGUAAACUUUAUGUCCUUAUAAUUUCAGUACUUGGAACGAUUAUUAACCCUCUGUCUUUAUGCAAUGGUAUGCACAUUCUAGAGUGUUACACUGUUGAUCCACAAUUUGCUAAAAAUAACAAAAAGCAAUAUUUCAAAACCAAAAGUAAAUAACAGCAGCUUCAGAAAAGUAAGACAGUCCUUCAAUAAAAAAUUAACAACUCAAAUACUAUUAAAUCAAUGAUUUUCAAGCUGUACUUAGAACUCACAGAUUUCCUUCAUGAUUUUGAGUUGUAAAGAGUAUAUUUUUUUUUCUGUUGUGAACAGCCACAAAUAUUGACACACAAAAGAAAACAUAAGGAACUCACUAUUGCUACAUCUAUUCAAUAAUUCUUUUAACCCAAACUCAAACAGAUUUCCUUAUAAAAUAUCAAAAAAUUGUUAGCUGAAGAUAUACAUACCUAUUUAUUUUACAAGCAGUAACAGUAUGAAAACAAAAAUCAAUUCUCAAAGUUGUUUGAUUAAAUGUAACUUCUUUAGAAUGA